AAAAUAGAAAUAAAAAUGAAAGUUCUUAUCGCAAUAUUAUUAUGCAUAUUGAGUGCUAAUUAUGCCCGAGCUCAGUAUCGUUCCUGUUUGAGUCCCAAUCAAGUGACUGGUUAUUGUGUGAAUAUACUUCAAUGUCCAACCUUGUAUUCAGUGCUACAGAAUCCAAAUUUAUCAUCCAGCGUCAAGCAGUUUAUGAAGGAUUCACGUUGUGGCACAGCUACGGAUAGUCGUCCUUUGGUGUGUUGCACUCGUGACACAGACUUUGCACGGACUCAACGUCAAAAUGACUUCGACUAUGAAUGGACAGAGCCGGCGCCACGACGAAAUAACUUUUUCUUUCCCAGUCAACAGAAUAGUCCAUCGCAGCCUUGGAGUUUUGGUCCUAGCCAAAGUAUAGAUCGUAGUUUUAGACAAACUGACGAUGGUUCGAGUCUCUUGCCACAGCCACCCACAUGCGGGGGUUUGACAGUGCAGCAUAGAAUCUAUGGCGGCGAGGAUGCCGAUCUCAAUGAGUUUCCCUGGAUGGCCUUAAUGGAAUAUAGACGCAAUUCUGGCAAUGGUUUGGCCACCAGUUGUGCUGGUUCUUUGAUCAAUCAACGUUAUAUUCUAACGGCGGCUCAUUGCCUGACGGGACGUAUUGAACGUGAAAUUGGAACACUAGUGUCAGUACUUUUGGGUGAAUAUGAUACUCGCUCUGCUGUGGAUUGUCCCAAAAAUGGAGGCACUUGUGCUCCGGCAAGUCAACGUUAUGGCGUGGCAGAGGUUCGGGUCCAUGAACUGUACAAAUCGGGUUCCCCUAAUCAGGCUCAUGAUAUCGGUCUUGCCCGACUGGAUCGUAAUGUGCGAUAUACGGAGAAUGUGCGUCCAAUUUGCUUGCCUUCGGUGGUGGCCCCAGAGGCCCGAAAUGUUGGCCAACAAUUUAUGGUAGCUGGCUGGGGACGUACACUACAGGCCACUAGAAGUCCUAUUAAACAAAAGCUAGCUGUCAACUAUGUGGAUCCCAGUGAGUGUCGUCAGAAAUUCGCCCAACGCAAGAUCGAUAUUAUGGCCACACAAAUUUGUGCCGGAGGCAAGUUCCGUCAGGACAGUUGUGAUGGCGAUUCCGGUGGUCCCUUGAUGCGUUUCCGUGAUAACUCCUGGGUGCUGGAGGGUGUUGUCUCAUUUGGUUAUAAAUGCGGUCUCAAGGACUGGCCUGGCGUCUAUACGAGUGUGUCGGCCUAUGACAUUUGGAUCAAACAGAAUAUUCGGGUUUAAAAUGAGCCCUAUUAUCAGUUUUAGUUUAAGUCUGAAGCUCAAUUUGUGAUCACCUUUUAGCAUAGAAUUAUUAUUAACCUAACUACUAUUAGCUAAUAAAAGAUUGUAGUAAAAAAUGUA